AUGGCACUUGAGCAAGAUAUGAAGGAGGAUGAGGAGAGCGACCCAAAUGCCAUUGGCCAGAUGAUGUGGAUGUUGGGACUGUGUAAAGUUAUGGUCCGCCUGUAUUUUGAAAUAUUCGUUUAUGAUUAUGCUCUUUCUGCUUCACCUAUUAAUGGGUUGUUGAGGGUUAAUCUUCAGAGUAAGGGUGAAUCAAUUCCAGAGUGGACUCCGCCAGAUAAGGGAUGGAUUAAGAUAAAUUUUGAUGGUUCUUCGAGGGGCAACCCAGAGAUCUGUGGAGUUGGGGUAAUUACUCGAGAUGAUUGGGGCAAUACUCUGGCCAUUGGUGCUAAAAGAUUGUUGGAUGGAUCGAACAACGUUGCUAAGUGUCAAGCGGUGUUAGAAGUCAUUCUCAUGGCUAAGAAAUUGGGAGUGAAGAAACUCCAUUUGGAGGGAGACUCUUAG